AAGUGUAUUGCAAAAGUGACGAACAAGUUUUUUGAUUAAAUCUUGAGCAUUGUAAUUUUAUUUCACACUAAGAUUAUUUCAUAAAUUAAUUUGAAUUUUUGACAUUAAAAUGGCAGAGGGUGGUAAAAAACAAAUUGUUGUUAAUGUAAAAACAACAAAAGAUAAAAAAGCGAUUGAAGUCAAUGAGGAGUCUAGCAUAAAAGAAUUUAAAUCACUAGUUGCUAAAAAAUUUGAAUCAGAACCAGAACAAUUGGUGCUUAUUUUUGCUGGGAAAAUAAUGAAGGAUUCUGAUACCCUUAAAACUCAUAAUAUCAAGGAUGGUCUUUCUGUACAUUUAGUCAUUAAGGCACCGACUCGAAGUGCAGAACCAGCAAGUCGUCCUGCUGCUGAUGUGCGUCAAACUCCAUUUGGACUUAAUCAAUUAGGUGGUCUUGCAGGGCUAGAUGCUCUUGGCGCAGGUUCAGGCACAUACAUGGACUUACAAGCCCGUAUGCAAACUGAAUUAUUAAACAAUGGCGAUUUGUUACGAACUAUGCUUGAUAAUCCACUGGUACAACAAAUGAUGAAUAAUCCGGAAACAGUACGUUCACUAAUAACUUCAAAUCCUCAAAUGCAAGAUUUAAUGCAACGCAAUCCAGAAAUAUCUCAUAUGUUGAAUAACCCUGAGUUAUUACGUCAAACAAUGGAGUUAGCCCGUAACCCAUCAAUGCUGCAGGAAUUAAUGCGUUCCCAUGAUAGAGCUAUGUCAAAUUUAGAGUCAGUUCCUGGAGGUUAUAACGCAUUACAACGUAUUUAUCGUGAUAUACAAGAACCAAUGUUAAAUGCUGCUAACGAAACGUUUGCACGUAAUCCUUUUUCUGGCUUAAUGGAUAACUCUAGCGGUGGUAGCAAUCCACAAAUAGGCACUGAGAAUCGAGAACCUCUGCCUAAUCCUUGGGGUAGUCGUAAUAAUUCAAAUACAACCAGUCAAAAUAACACCAAUUUGCCUACUGCCGGUGUCCUUAAUACGCCAGCUAUGCAGAGUUUAAUUCAGCAAAUGGCAGAAAACCCAUCACUAAUGCAAAAUAUGUUAAAUGCACCUUACACACGAUCUAUGAUGGAAUCCAUGGCACAAGACCCAGAUAUGGCUGCUCGGUUAAUCAGUACUAGUCCAAUGUUAGCAAAUAAUCCACAAUUACAGGAACAAAUGCGGCAAAUGAUGCCACAAUUUUUAAAUCAAAUGCAAAAUCCAGAUGUUAUGAAUAUGCUCUCUAAUCCAGAGGCGCUUAAUGCAAUUUUGCAAAUACAACAAGGAAUGGAGCAAUUACGAUCUGCCGCACCUGGACUAGUCGGAUCAUUGGGUAUACCACCACCUUCAGUCGGAAAUACCAAUUCUUCUUCAAAUGCCACAAAUAGUAAUGCUUCAGUUAAUCCAAGUGCUGCUCAAAGCGGUGGACCUAAUGCACAACUUUUUAACGACUUUAUGACACGCAUGCUCAAUGGUGUAACAACAACUGGCGAUAAUAAUCAACCUCCUGAAGUACGCUAUCAAUCACAAUUAGAACAAUUGUCUGCUAUGGGAUUUGCUAAUCGAGAAGCUAACUUGCAAGCACUGAUUGCUACAUUUGGUGAUAUAAAUGCUGCUGUCGAACGACUAUUGUCCCUAAAUCAGUUGUCUCUAAGUUAACCCGCUUAAACUAUACUUGUUUCCGUUUUUAUUUUUUAUAUAAGUAAUGAACAACAUUGGAGAGAGUAUUAUUUCCUUAUAACAGAGCUGACCAAAAUGAAAAAUUUAAUUUCGCUACAAGAUUGUAAAUGGAAAAACUAAAUAAGGGAUAAAAUAUUCAAAAAAUACGGGAGCUUAAAAAUUAAUUUUAUGGUCUAUUAAGUGUUUUCUUUUAAAAUAACUUUUUAAAAUUGAAAAAUAAAAAUUUAUGUAACUUAGAUCAUAAGCAAAACGUCUUUUUAAUAAAUUCAAAACUAUUGCCCUUUCAGAAUGAAACAUUUUAAAGUGUUAAAUAUAUUUGCUUAAUCACAUAUUCAUAAACACGGUUUAGAUAACUU